AUGGCCAUAUCACUACAACUAGCAGUCAUGGCAACAGCCUCUGAAAUGAUCAAGAAGAAUGCUGAGGACAUCACACAGCUUAGGACCACUAUGGCAGAAACCAAAUCAGCGCAGCCACCACCCAAUCCACUGGUCAAUGCACACUCCUACAGCACAGUAGUCCAACAGAGCGCACCAAUCCCAGCCCCAAUCUCGGCAGCCCUUACUAGAGCAGCCACCAAGGAACGCCAGAUCCUACUUGAACCCAUCACUAGCAACACACUCUAUGAACCUAACGAAAACUUUGCAGACACUGCCAAGAAGUAUGAACAGCUACUAACUGCAAUCCAAACUACCGACUCUCCUGAUCUGCUAAUUAAAGCCACCACCCACCUGCAAAAUGGUGGACUCAUUAUUGAAUUAACCACAGCUGAAGCUGCGAAUUGGAUCCAUCUGCCAGAAAACAGAGUAAGGCUCACCGAAGCGCUCAAUCUGUCAGCCUCUAUCAAGGAAUGA